UUUACUCUGCAGUUUAGAGAUUAACGCUGCAAUGUUUAUACUUCAGUUUUAGUUUAGAGAUUAUUUAUAGGAGGUAAAGCUAAGUGGCUAGCGCCGUAUGUGAUCGAUUUGAAUGAAUGGCAGUUUAAUUCGACUUAUUAAACUUCUCAAACUGAAUGGCAUGUGUCAAUCAUAAACAGAAUUAAACUUCUGCCGGGUGUUUUAUUAUUCAUAGAUUAUGAAAAAUCCUUCAAUUUUUGAACUUGAUGUUAGUAGGGGAGUUAUUGAAUUUUAACUUGAAGCGCAGAGGGAACUGACUCUGUUUCUAAAAACUUCGAACUUUUUGUAUUUAUCCAGGUGCACCGUUGGUCGAUUAGUGACAAAUUGGUUAACUGCGCUGCGGUACUGUUUUACGGUAACUGAGGGAAUAUUGACCAGUUUAAAGUUUUUCGUAUAUUGUUUAAGAGUGAUGUAUUGUUUCGCAAGGAGGCUUUAUCAAAUAUAGUUUUUUUUAGUAAUCAUAUGCACUUAUUUUACGCUGUCAAUGUUAGAUAAUUGAUAUAAACUGUAGUAAGCUUAUUCUCUGAUUUUCUGAAAUUGGAAACUGAGAAACACGUGGUUUUCAUUCAAAGACGAUGGAACAUUAAAGUAUGGAGAACUCUACGUUGACAGUUAACUCACUAUUAUUGGUGGUCUGUGUGCUAGGAACUAUAGCUCUGUUUUACAGCAGUAGGAAACCAAUUAACAGAGGUUCCUCUCAUCCAAGAAACAUAUCAAGAUUUAAAGAAGACCAACACAAUACAGCAACUUUAGAUAGUGUAAUGACUACAAUAACACCAUGGGUACGUCACAAAAACAUGCAUCAGAACUAUUUCAUGAGCGGAAGAGUAUAUUCAGACAAACCACUUGCAGAUUCAAGUUUAGUAUUCAUACAUCAUCCUAGAACCGGUGGUUCAAAUAUGAUUAAAUGUUUGAAUAAUAUUUCUAAUUCGUAUGAUUUGCCAAUGUCGCCAUUAAUGACAAGCGAAAACAGAGCCUUGUGGGAUUCCGGAAAUAAAUUAACAAAUAAGUACAAAGACAGAAUAAAGAUUCACAGAGGAAAAUUCAGUUUCGGAAUGUGUCAAAAUCUCAACCAACUGUGUUCAUAUGUGAUAUUUUUAAGAGACCCCCUAGAGAGACUUAUAUCGAGUCAUAACCAUUGUCAGACAUUUCCGGAAGACGAAUUUUGUGGGUCAUCCGAUCCUCGUGAUAUGUCUUUAAGGAGCUGGAUUCUAAGCCAGGGAAACGUGUUAUUGAAACAAUUACUUUUCUCUCCGCAUAUUUGCAAUGAUGAGUAUUUAAAAAACUUUAAUAUUUCGUCAAAUAUGAAUCGUAGAAAACUUUCAUGUUGGACUAAAAAUAAUUUAAUUUUAGACAAAUUAAUAGUGAAUUUCAAGGAUAACAUAACACAGUACAUUGUAAAUAAUUUACAUAAAAUGAUUUCAUUCAUUGGAUUAAGUGAAGAACUUGACCUGUCACUGCGCAUGCUUGAAAAGUCUUUCAAAUUACCAUUUACGAACUGUGACUUCAAAAAUCCAUCACAAGCUCAUCUUAAUAAUGAAAUUCAAUCAAACAGAGCUUUAAAUACAAAUAGUUUCCACCAAAAUGACGAGGAAAUUGAGGAUGAAAGUGAAGAUUUCGUGAAUUUGAAGGACGACUUAUACAUUAAAGAAGCUCUGUCAGCUGAUUACGCUAUUUACCAUGAGGCCAAACGCAUUUUCCAUAUACAAAAACAAAUGUUAUUAAAUUCUGUUCGAUAAAACAAA